CGCCUCCAUUGCUUCAUCAAACAGACGCGAAUUUUCUUUGCAGCACCCAGAAACCAACACAACAACAACUACUGCUACCACCGGCACCACUGCCCGGCCAUUGCAUUGAUCUUCCUAUGCCCCGCAACAAGCACCUGAUGAAAAAACGGGCCGUGGGCGGUUCCAGCGGAGGCCGCGGUCCGAAGAAGAUCGUCAUUCGGCCCUUUCAGAAACCCCCGACGCUUCCCACCAACUACUACGAGCAGACGAGUCGGGAACUCCUCGAGGGAACCGUGGCGGUGGCCUUUGGACAGACACUAAGCAGCAACAGCAGCAGCAACAACAACAGCAGCAACAGCAACAGCAACAACAGCAACAACCUCAGCCUGCAAAACUCGUACCAGCAGGUCGUGAACCUCGUCAGCCACAAGUUCGGGCCCAAGCUGUACCGGGACCUGGUGGCGACGCUGCAGAAGGCCUGCGAGGAGCACGCCCUGCCGGGGGCCGCCCUCGAGCCGGGGGCCUCCGACCGCCCCGGCGACCUGCUGGGAUACAUCCAGGGCCAGUACCAGAAAUACGUCGAUUACCUGCUGCUCUGCAAGCACGUCUUUUUGCCGCUGGACCGGACGCACGCCUGGUCGCCCUCGACCGGGGAGGUGGCGAAGCGGUCGUCUCCGGGGGCCGACACCGCGGGGGUGGCGAUCACGGGACACCACCCGGGCACCAGCGGCAACAACGGCACGGCCCCGGAUGCGGGCCGGAAGGCAAACCUCAUGGACCUGUGGCAGGUGGGCUUGCUCCAGUUCCGGCGGCGGCUGAAAGAGUUUCGGUGGGACGAACUGAUCUACCAAAAAUGGUGGGAGAGCCUGCAGAUGGACUGGGACAAGACCCUGGCGGGCCGGGGACUCGAUCAGCAAGAGCUGCUCCAGACCACCCUGUACAUGUGGCAGGACCUGGGAAUACUGGGGGAAACCCUGUCGAAGAAACUGGAGCCGGACCUGAUUCGGUUCUUUCAGCAAAAAUCGAGGCAGCUCAAGAGCAAUUCCUCCGGAGGCACGGCAGCAGCAAUUGCAACCACAACCACAACGUUCAUCGGCGCCGACAGCGACUACAACGCCGAGGCGGUCGUUUCGUACUGCUACUCCAAGUGGAUGCACGUUGCCCACGACUGGAGCCGCUUCCUGCCCAAGAAAACCUGCGUCAAGCUGCUGGAAGACCACCUGUUUUCCCCGCACCUGACGGCGGAGUGGCUCCUCCACCCCCGGAACUUUGACCCGAUCCUGGAAAAGGCCUUUGCCGAGGACCUGUCGUCGUUGUCGCCGCCGCCGCCGCAAGGCGGGGCUCCUUCGGCCGCACUCCCCCCGAUGGCCGCCCCGUCCUCCGCCGUCCAGGAGCUGUGGAUGCUCGCCGGCCGCCUCCCGGACGGCUACGGACUCGUCGCAAGCGCCAUUUCCCAGUACGCGAGGACCCGGGGCGGGGCCCUCAUGGGCAGCGUCUCGCCGCAGAGCGGUGCCGGCGCCAGGGCCGGGAAGCAAAAGAUCACGGACCUCCUGGAGCUCCAGGGCCGGCUGCAGGGGCUCCUGGCGCACCUGCCCCACUCGGGCGAGCACUGCGCCCUCAAGAACGUCUGGGAGGACGUCAUCAAUCCCUCGAGCGACGGCCACCAGCACGACGACGAGACGAGCGUGGUGGCGGAGGCCCUGGCCAAGUACGUCGACGCCUGCCUCAAGGACGGGAAGCGCCAGAUGCUGGCAUCGGCAUCGGCAUCGGCGUUAUCGUCGUCGUCCCCCGCCGGCCGGGGGGACAACUGGGCCGAGGCCGUCAUUUCGGGGGUCUUUUGCUACCUGCAGGCCAAGGACACCUUCGAGGCCUUUUACAAGCAGGACCUGGCCAAGCGGCUGCUCUGGAACCGGGUGGUGAGCAUGGACGUCGAGCGCCACUUUGUGUCGCUCCUCAAGGCGGAGUGCGGAGCGGGGUACACGUCCAAGAUGGAGGGCAUGUUCCAGGACAUGGACUGGAGCCGGGAAACCAUGAACCGGUACAAGCAGGCACAGUACCAGCACGAAAAGAACCAGGCCUUUGCUUCUGCUUCCGCUCCCGGGGGAGGCGAAAGCAAGGUGGAAAUGGACAUGCAGGUCCUAACGACCGGGUUUUGGCCCGUGUAUCCGCAGUAUCCCAAGCUCAUCCUGCCAAAGUGCCUCCUCGACCCGCAAAACAAGUUCACGGAGUACUACAAGACAAAGUACCAGGGAAGGAGGAUGACCUGGCAGUACGCCCUGGGACACGUCGUGGUGCGCUUCAAACCAAGGGGCGAGAAUGCCGGCCCGAAGUACGAGCUGCUGGUGAGCCUGUGCCAGGCACUCGUGCUCCUGCAAUUCAACAACGACGGGACGGAACUGCGGCUGCCGCAGCUCAUGGCCGCCGUCGGCCUGGAGGACCGCAAGGAAAUGGAGCGCAUCCUCCUGAGCCUCUCGCUGGGCAAGGAGGGAACGCGCGUCCUUCACAAACGGGACCACGACCGCGACGCUCCCGAUGUUUCCUCGUCGGACAACGCCAACCCCGGCAAGAAGAAAAAGACGCGGAUGAACGUCCACGACCUGGACACCUUCCGGGUCCAGUCGGGCUUCAAAUCGAACACCCGCCGCAUCCGGAUCAACAACAUUCUGAUGAAGGAAACCAAGGAAGAGCGAGACAAGACGGUCAAGGCGGUCAGCCGCGACCGCCUCUACCUGGUGGACGCCGUGCUGGUCCGCAUCAUGAAGGCCCGAAAGACGAUCCUCCACCAGGAGCUCAUACCGCAGGUCCUCGAGCAGGUGAAGGUUCCGGCCCAGCCCUCGGACAUCAAGAAACGCAUCGAAACGCUCAUCGAGCGCGAGUACUUUGAGCGGGAUGCCAACGACCGCAAUCGGUACAACUAUCUGGCGUAGAACUCGGCGAGCGAUCGGGUGCGGAGACUUGAUGCGAACGAACGGGGGCAAACAAAUCCAGACACGGGUGCAUUUCGCUCGUGAAAGAAGGCUUGGCACAGCAUCGUUUUUUAGGUUCCUUCCAUUUCUAUAAAAAACUAUAGUACCU